ACACUCCGUCAUCAACACAGUCACGUUUGUUUAUUUUGAUGUCUCUUGUUUGAUUCACAUCGUUGUCUUUCCUGUGUUUUUUUUGGAGGGGGGAACCCGUGUCGGUCUACUGCCGAAGCCCUAAGUUUCAGGUUGACGCUGUGACAUUUCAGGAGCAUGGCCGACGGUCCAGAAGCUGAUGUGGACGACCCACCCAGUGUUAACUUCCCACCGCUCAUCACUGUCUCCGAUCUGCCCGGUGCCACCGCUGCAGGCCGCAACCUAAAGGAAUGGCUCCAGGAGCAGUUCUGCGACAAACCUCUGGAGCAGGACGACAUGAGGCUGCACAAUGCAGCCUACGUCGGAGAUAUGGACACACUGAGGAACCUGCUGCAGGAAGACAGCUUCAAGCGGCGUAUUAAUGAGAAGUCUGUGUGGUGUUGUGGAUGUCUGCCUUGUACCCCUCUGCGGAUCGCGGCCACAGCAGGACACGCUACCUGCGUGGCCUAUCUGAUCGGCCAGGGAGCCGAGGUGGACCUAGUCGAUGUAAAAGGUCAAACAGCCCUCUACGUAGCUGUGGUUAACGGUCACCUGGACUGUGUCCGGAUCCUCCUCGAAGCCGGAGCCGAUCCCAACGGAAGUCGGCACCACCGCAGCACCCCUCUGUACCAUGCUGCUCGAGUGGGAAGGCUUGACAUACUGCAGGAGCUCAUCAGGUUCAAUGCCGAUGUAGACAUGGACCACCAGCUGGGUCCCCGGCUCCUCUUAAGUGCUCGCACCCUCAACACUCUGGUGGUGUGUCCUCUCUACAUCAGCGCUGCCUACCACCACCUGCACUGUUUCCGGCUGCUGCUCCAGGCCGGCGCUCAGCCUGAUUUCAACUACACAGGGCCUGUCUGCCAAGAGGCUCUUACCCGCGGCCUGGCCUCCUGCCUGCUGGAUGCUGUGCUUCGACAUGGAUGUGAGGUGGCUUUCAUCCACCUGCUGCUAGACCACGGGGCCAACCCAGUUCUCGUGCCCUGGGACGAAUCAGAGCUGGAGGCUCCUAAUCGGAGGAAGGUGGAUCCAGAGGCGCUCAAGGCCUUCCUGGAGGCGAGGAGAUGCCCUCGUAGGCUGACGCACCUGUGUCGCAUCAGGAUCCGCAGAUCGAUGGGCAAAAAUCGCCUCCAACAUAUACCCUCCUUACCGCUGCCACAACCCAUCAAGAACUUCCUGCUUCACCAAAACUGACAACAGUCCACCUUCCGUCUUUCCGCAGAGGUUCAUCCAACCCAAACCUCACUCAAUCCCAACACCAAUCUCCAGGAUAGAGCAUUUUGUUAAACCAAUUUGCUAAUUGCUUAUUAAUUUCUAAUAAUAAACAGUUAAUUAUCUAUCUCUUUUUCAAACAUUUUCGGGGUUAAACAGUUAUGUAUUAAUCCUAUCUUCCAAUCACUGUAAUAAUUUAUUGAAAUGUGUUAUUAACUUAUCAGAGAAGCUUUAGUGUGUCGUGAAUGUUUGAUUUGUGACUUCCCAUAUCACUGGGUUGUGUUCUGGUUCAGUAACACUUUUUAGAAUGUCAUUUGGGGCUGAAGCAAUGACUUAAUCAUGCCACGUAUUAAGUAUCCUGUUCAGAGGCAGAGGAACAUUAUCCAGAACCCGCUCUUUGAAUUGCUCAUUUAUCUGUUUUAUGUAAACUUGGAUUUUAGGCCUUUUACUAACUCUCGGCUAGAGUGAAUGCAGAGUGCAGAAAUCUUUAUCCCUUACAUUAUAAGUGAUCAUUAGUGUGAAGUGGAAGGAUAAAAAAAGUGCCCUAGAUUUGAUUUGUAUUCUAGUUCUGCUUCUUCUGAUGUGUUAAGCACUUUAAUUUGGCCGGCACUGUAAGGGUUGGACUGUGGGUUAGCAAACUACUAACACUGUCGUUCUGUGUUUACAUUUCUUUUUAGUCAUAGAUUCUUCUUUAACCGUAUGCCUUAACAUUGAGUUUUGGAAAGUGGCUUCCAGGAUUGAUUUGACUAAAAGUAGUGAAGAUAAGAUUCUAGAUGUUUUUAGGGAGGAAAAAUGAACAAAAGCUUAAAAUGAGCAAUUUAAGGUCCUGGAUCUGAACUGAAACUCUGGUAGCAGGAAAAAAGCUAAAAUUGUGGGUGUAAUGUACAUGUUAAUAUCAAAAACUAUGAAGGAGACUUUGCAAAGUUUAAACAUAUGUAUUAAUACUCUCUGUGAAUGAAAUGUAUUUAUGAUUUACACAAUUACCCAGAAAAUUGCCUUUUUGUAUUGCACUUAGUGUCUACUGUCUGUUGCAGAGCUUUGUUUUGUUUCUCAUCCAUUUUUACUGCUCAACAUGAAAUGUCAGUGUAUUUUGCUUUGUAUAUCUCAUCUUUAUUUGCAUACAGUAAAUGUACAAUAAUUCUGUA